AUGACCAUUUACACCGCUUCUACGACCGCUCCGGUCAACAUUGCAACCCUUAAAUACUGGGGCAAGAGGGAUAAAAAGCUAAAUUUGCCAACCAAUUCGUCCAUUUCGGUAACGCUAGCACAGGACGAUCUACGCACCUUGACAUCCGUUGCAACUAGUGAAUCGUUUUCCGAAGACCAAUUGUGGCUCAAUGGCAAGCUGGAGUCUCUAGAAAGUGAAAGAACUCAAAACUGUCUUCAGGACUUGCGGGAUCUUCGCUCUAAGCUCGAACUUUCCGAUAAAAAUGCAAUUCCAAUGUCCAAAUGGAAACUCCACAUUGUCUCUGAAAAUAACUUUCCUACAGCGGCAGGUUUGGCAUCUUCUGCAGCCGGAUUUGCUGCUCUUGUUGCAGCUAUUGCUAAACUGUACGAGCUCCCAGAAUCAGCGUCAGAAAUUUCCAAAAUUGCGCGCAAAGGGUCUGGGUCUGCUUGCAGAUCGCUCUUUGGUGGAUAUGUAGCGUGGGAAAUGGGCACUAAAGCCGAUGGUUCCGAUUCUAAGGCGGUUGAAGUAGCCUCUAGGGAACACUGGCCCGAAAUGAAAGCGGCGAUUCUUGUCGUAAGUGACGCUAAGAAAGAUACGCCUUCUACCAGCGGUAUGCAGCUUACUGUGGCUACUUCGGAUCUUUUCCAGGAGCGUAUCCAAAAUGUGGUACCUAAAAGGUUCGAGCAAAUGAAGCAAGCCAUCGUAAGCAGGGAUUUCCCACUCUUUGCCGAGCUCACCAUGCGCGAUUCCAAUUCGUUUCACGCUACGUGCUUAGACUCGUAUCCACCAAUUUUUUACAUGAACGACACUUCGCGUCAAAUCGUCAAACUAUGCCACCAGAUUAAUGCUUUUUUCAACGAGACAGUUGUGGCAUACACCUUCGAUGCGGGUCCUAAUGCAGUCUUGUAUUACUUACAACACAAUGAAACCAAAUUGAUGGCCUUUAUUUACCAGGUGUUCGGACAAAAUCAGGGCUGGGAACUCAAAUUUUCCGCACAAGAUCUUAGCGCCUUCAAAGAUUAUUUUGCAGACAAUAUUGCUGACGAGUUGGCUUUUGAGAUAGAUGAAAAUCUGCAUAAAAACAUUUCUCGCGUGAUUCUCACCCAGGUGGGUCCCGCUCCACAAAAUACCGAGGAAUGUUUGAUUGACACAACUACCGGAAACCCUAAAUAA